GUCAUGUUUAUCUUCGGAAACGAGGCGAUAUAAUAAGUCAUAGAUUCACUUUUUCCGAGAAGCAAACUUUGGGGUUCGGUCCACGAAUUUGACGCAAUUGGUGAUAAAUGAUGGAUCAUAUGUCCUUUAUCUCGAAGAGUCCAGAGAAAUCAAGCCCCAGCCUUCCGGACGACUGUGAGGAAGACGAGGACGAUUCAGUCGACAUUAGAUCGAUGAAAUUUACGCCUUGCAAGGUUCCCCAUGGGAUGCAGGAGGAUGAACAUGAACACCCACCGGAUGUCACCAUGCUUGCCGAAGAUGACGACGAUGAUGGCCAAAUUCAACCAUUCUCCUUAAAUGUUGAUAGUCCUCGGCACCACACAGAUUCUUCUGAAAAGAAAGUCCACUGGUCUAACCAGAACGUUCAAACAUUACUCGACUGUGUAGAACGACAUCUGGAUGAGUUUAAUAUUCAGAAAAAGCACAAACAGGUUUGGCAAACGAUUGGCGCCGAAAUGGAGACGUUCGGAUUCACUAUGGAACACUGUUAUAACAAGUGGAAAAAUCUCCGCCGUGACGUACGCCUCCUAGUGAAUAAUCCUCAGAAGGCGGUUCGCAACGCCGAUAUCCUUCGGCGCGUUGCUCGUUUAAUUCUCGUCAUUUAUCCCAACAUUGAUGCCAACACAAUGCAGGUGAGUGGUGACCGAAAUGGCAAAUCAGCACCGGCCACUCCUGUUGGUGUGCACAACUUGGGCGGCAGUAAAUUAAACGUGCCUUCGGCUUUGCACGCUCCGGAUUCACCUCGCUUUGCUCAAACUGGCUCAUCCACACCCCGCUGUAUCACACCAGGGUUGCACACUGGCACUCCGUGUUCUAGAAAACACAAAAAUGACAAAGAUUUGCUUGAUCCUUCUGUUCCCGGCACAGUGCUAUUCACUAACCUUGCUGUAGACACUGAAAGCCCUGAAUACACUGUGGAAACAAAGCAAAACGACGUGCCAACUACUAGUUUCCCGUUUAUUUUCAACCCUGCUGCUGCUGCUCUCUUAGUCCAAUCCCAGUUAUUCAAUGAUUUGUUGCGUCAGCAGCAAAGGACUCAAGGGGAUGAUUCGGUGCAACGAGAAAAUGCCCAACGUGAUCAACCGAAACCGGCCUCGAGCACACCCAAAUUUAAUGUUUUAUCGCACUCUCAUUCUCCUGCCCCUCCAACGGGACUCACAAAUGGCAACGGAAUUCACUCCAGUAGUACCGUCCGGUCUGUGUCGUUGGCAUCCACCUUAUUAAACGGCCUCACGGGGACAGAUAAUUGUAACUACCUGGUAGCGUCCACGAAUCCACAUGGAAUCCACGAUAUGCAAACUCAGAUAAACAGACUUCCACCAGGUAGUGAAUUGGCCGGCGUUGUAGAACGUUUGCGUGAUGAAGAGACGGUGCAUCUCCGACUGACCGAUAUGAUGACACACAUCGCUGAUGAACUCCGCGCGGCCGGAAUGCGCCGCCGUGCCGCUUUAGAUCAAUUGUUAGGUAUAAUGCAGGGCGCUCGCAUUCCCACCACCUUACUCCAUAAAUCCAUGCCUGCCGAUUCUAACAGUCGAAUCUGACAGAAGAUAUGCAAUUAGUUCUGUGCUAAUUUUUUACUAAUUUUCCAAUUCAGCCAACAUUGAAAUGAACUACGCAUUUACUCAUCCCCGGUUCUUAUCUCGAGCAUUUCUAGACGGCAAAAUUAAUCCAGUCCUGCGUUGCGUUCUGUGCACUGCUACGCACCUCCUGCUAACUGUGUAUCUCUGUUAGUUGCAUAAUGAUUGUUGGCUAGUUGGAAAUGGAUCUUCGUAUCUUAGCCACCUUAUUGUACGCAACCACCACCUUACUUCUCGGUUUUGCACCCCUCGUGACGUAUCCGGGGGGCUUAUCGCAGUGCACUAUGGCUGUGCCGUGUACCCAAACUUUGUGGUUUCGUGCGGAGCACUUGCGGUCUCCCAUCACUUUCAGUCCUUAUUUUUGAUAUUCCAGGUGACCUUGACCCAUUCCUCGUUUUACAACGUUUAUUGACGUCUGUCCUUUUCCAGUUUGUGCUAAUUGUUUCAAAAUCACUUUGACUCGAGAUUUCGUUCUCUCGGUCAAUCUUUGAGCACAGUUUUAACCGAGCCUUCCAGCAUGUAAGCUCGCGUGCCUCUUCGGUCUUUGACCAGAAGCUGAUACAUUUUGAUUCAUUUUGCUCCAUCGGUUCAAUUAAUGACACCAUAUCAUGCCAAUGUGCGCCUUGUUUUUUAUUCGCUCGGCGAUUAUCCGCAUUUUAAGGUGGCUUUUUACUUCUCAGUGACAUAUCACUGCCAUGUUGCAAGCCUAUCCUGUUCUGGGCGUGUGAGGCUAAUUUCCCAUAGUUUUGAUACGUGUACUGUGUCGUCGUUUUUUUGUCUAUUUUAUAUUCGAUUCACUUUUUUCUGUCAGUUUUUGCCUUUUUCUGGCACUGAACAUCGUGCUGGUACCCAUCUUUACCACAAUGUAGUUUGUUUAUUUACGAUGUCUGUUAUUCUUUCGCAAACUCUCCCCUACGCACGACAAAUCCGUCUCCGUGACCAACUUGACUCCUCCUCUUUGCUCAUCCUCUUUAGAACUCAGCUCCCGAUUGUGUUUUCUUACAUUGGACAAACCUCCAAUCACCAUAUCCUUGCAUUUCUCUUUCCACCGAAGACUAUUUUUUACUAUGUCACGACUUGGAUUUUUAAUAUGUAUUCGUUCCUUUUGUCAUGUAAAUACUAUGCCUCUGUCCAUUC